CUUGUUUUCUGUCUCGUCCUUCAGUCUCACGCGCUCGGUCCGGUUUUGCGUGCAGUCUUUCGGUGCAGUUUUUGCAAGUAAAUUUCGGUAAAUUUAUUGCAUCAACAAGCUUCCUGGUCUCCCGAAAAGGAUUGGAACCGUGUCCAAAAUGACCAUCAGUAGUUUCCUGCGUGUGCGCCACUCUCUGGCCGCGGCAAAGUGCGUUCUUGAGAAUGCUAAGCAAUCGUUCUCGAGUCAUGCGGCCUUCGCCGAGCACGCCAAGUUGGAGAGAAUCCGGAACAUCGGUAUUUCGGCGCAUAUUGACAGCGGAAAGACGACGCUGACCGAGCGCAUUUUGUUCUACACGGGGCGGAUCAAGCAGAUGCAUGAAGUCAAGGGAAAGGACAAUGUGGGAGCCACUAUGGAUUCGAUGGAACUGGAACGACAGCGCGGUAUUACGAUUCAGUCCGCUGCCACUUACACAAUGUGGAAGGACCACAAUAUUAACAUCAUCGAUACGCCCGGUCAUGUGGAUUUCACCGUGGAGGUUGAGCGCGCUCUUCGUGUUCUGGACGGUGCCAUUCUGGUUCUGUGCAGUGUGGGAGGCGUUCAGAGUCAAACUUUGACCGUUAAUCGGCAAAUGAAGAGAUACAACGUUCCGUGCUUGGCUUUCAUCAACAAGUUGGAUCGAACCGGGGCCAAUCCGUACCGUGUGUUGGGCCAGAUGCGUUCCAAACUGAAUCACAAUGCCGCCUUCAUCCAGCUGCCGAUCGGCGUGGAAAGCAACUGCAAAGGAAUUGUCGAUUUGGUCAAGCAGAGGGCUCUGUACUUUGAGGACCACUUGGGACUGACAGUUCGAGAGGAUGAGAUUCCCCAGGAAAUGCGGGCGGAGAGUGACGAGCGUCGCCAUGAAUUGAUUGAGCACUUGUCCAAUGUUGACGAAUCUAUCGGGGAACUGUUCUUGGAGGAAAAAACGCCAACGGAACAGGUCAUUAUGGCCGCAAUACGUAGGUCAGCUCUGAAGAGGACAUUUACACCGGUUUUGGUGGGAACGGCGUUGAAGAACAAAGGUGUGCAGCCUCUGUUGGAUGCAGUUCUGAACUAUUUGCCCCAUCCGGGAGAGGUCGAGAAUAUUGCCCUUAUUGAAAAGAAGGGCAAGGAACCACAGCAGAUUAUGCUGGAUCCGGCCCGAGAUGGAAAAAGUCCUUUUGUUGGAUUGGCGUUCAAAUUGGAAGCCGGUCGGUUUGGUCAGCUGACCUAUUUGCGUUGUUACCAAGGUGUACUCAGGAAGGGAGACAGCAUUUUCAACGUCCGCUCAGGAAAGAAGGUCCGAUUGGCUCGCUUGGUCCGACUACACUCGAAUAACAUGGAAGAUGUGAACGAAGUCUACGCAGGGGACAUUUUCGCCCUGUUCGGUGUCGAUUGCGCUAGCGGUGAUACCUUCGUGACUAAUCCCGAUUUAGAGCUCUCUAUGGAGUCUAUUUUCGUGCCUGACCCAGUUGUCUCGAUGGCAAUCAAACCAGCCAACAACAAGGAUCGUGACAACUUCUCCAAGGCAGUCGCCCGGUUUACCAAAGAGGAUCCAACCUUCCGGUUUGCCUACGAUACCGAUAUCAAGGAAACGCUCGUCUCGGGAAUGGGUGAAUUGCAUCUGGAAAUCUACGCGCAACGAAUGGAACGUGAGUACAACUGCCCAGUCAUUCUAGGUAAGCCGAAAGUAGCCUUUCGUGAAACUCUAGUAGCUCCCUGUGAAUUCGACUUUCUGCAUAAGAAGCAGUCUGGUGGACAGGGUCAGUAUGCUCGAGUAACGGGUGUUCUGGAGCCACUGCCACCCCAUCAGAACACAACCAUCGAGUUUACCGACGAAACCGUUGGUACCAACGUCCCGAAACAGUUCGUGCCCGGAAUUGAAAAGGGUUUCCGUCAGAUGGCCGAGAAGGGUCUGUUAUCCGGGCACAAACUUUCCGGUAUCAAAUUCCGCCUGCAGGAUGGUGCCCACCAUAUCGUGGAUUCCUCAGAAUUGGCCUUCAUGUUGGCUGCGCAAGGAGCAAUCAAGAGCGUCUUCGAGAACGGAAGCUGGCAAAUUUUGGAACCAAUCAUGAUGGUCGAGGUGACGGCACCGGAAGAAUUCCAAGGAACGGUCAUCGGACAGCUGAACAAGCGACAUGGUAUCAUCACUGGCACUGAGGGCUCCGAAGGAUGGUUCACGGUUUAUGCCGAAGUUCCCCUCAACGACAUGUUUGGCUAUGCAGGAGAACUUCGAUCCAGUACGCAGGGCAAGGGCGAGUUUAGCAUGGAGUACAGUCGGUAUUCGCCGUGCAAACCGGAUGUCCAGGAGAAGCUGAUGCAGGACUACCAAAUUGCGCAGGGUAAUGUGGUGGUGGACGCCAAGAAGCAGCAGAAGAAGAAAAACUGAGGGCUUUCGUUUGGAAAGCGGGAUGAAAAGCGGGUGCUGAUCUGUACAUACUAGGAUUAAUUGAAACUAUGUUACAUUCAAGAUAGGCUAACUAAUUGGAACAAAUCAUUAAAAUGAUUACAAAUCAAAA